UCCAGUCUGCGCUUCCUCACGGAGCUAGGUGCGUAUCAUUGGAUCAGUAGCUGCUGCCUGCCACACUGUCCAAUCGCAUCUAGGGAGAGAAAGAGACACAGGGAGAGAGAGAGAAAAGAGAGAGAGAGAGAGAGAGAGAGAGAGAGAUGGGGAAGGGAGGAGAAAGAAAGGAAGAGAGGGAGAUUGAUUAUUUGACCGUCCUGGGCCUUGCAUUCCUUGGAGAAACAUAUUUCGACUCCAUCCAGAACGUCAUUUUUUUGUUCUUUUAAACCUACACAUCUUCUCGGACUGAAGGCUUGAGGCUUUGUUUUUGCCUUGUUUCUUUUUUUGGGUUAUUCUCACCCAGGAGACGUGCCAACGCCACCAGCAGCAGCAGCAGGAGCAGCAGGAGCAGGAGCAGCAGCAGCAGCAGCAGCAGCAGCAGAGAGUAUCUCCCAAUAUCCCAUCCCGGGCACGUCGGAUAAGCUGCAGCAGCGAAAACACGAGGCGAAUAUUGCGGUGUAACGGGAACAUGGUCCGCGGGAUUUCACACCUCUCGCCCUUGCUGGAUACGGAGGCACUUUGGGCUCGUUAUGGGGGUGACCGGAAGGAGAGAGUGACAGAGGAACAGUGAUGCUACUGUUUACAUAACGAGAGACUAACACACACACACACACAUACACACACAUACACGAAUACACACAUGCUCAAAUCGCCAGUGCAGGACAUACACACUGGCUUUAAACACUUCCACACACACAGACAAACAUUCAAGAGACUCGCUGACUGAGUCACCACACACUCAGAGGCACAGGAUCACUGACUCACACGCAGGACCAAGCACACACAUAAACAAACACAGACAUACAAAGGGGGAAAAGGGUUGUUUUUUAAGAACCAGGGUUGUGUGUUGUGCGUGUGCCAUGGGCCAAACUGAGCAGCAGCUGUGUGUCACUGUUGGAUACCUCUAAAGGGUCAACACAGCCGUAACCCUCACCCUUCCCUGGUUCCUUUCCCCUCCCCUCGCAUCCCUAAUCUCCCAGCUACCCCUAAACGCACCACCAUGUCCACACUGAGGACCGGGAGAACUCCCUCCCUGAGGUUUCUAUCCCUCCUUCUCUCCCUCUGCCUCUCCCUUUCCCUCUAUCCCGCCCUGUCCUCGUCGCAGCAGACCGUGCCUGUCAUCUCAACGGCGCAGGGGCGAAUCCGUGGCAUGUUGACCCCCCUGCCCUCGGACCUCCUGGGGCCUGUUAUCCAGUACCUGGGAGUACCUUACGCAAGGCCUCCCACGGGAGAGCGGCGCUUCCAGCCGCCCGAGCCUCCGCUGCCCUGGCCGGGAAUACGAAAUGUGACACAGUUUGCUCCCGUGUGCCCGCAGUCACUGGAUGAGAGGAGCAUGCUGGGAGAUAUGAUGCCCUCCUGGCUCACGGCGAAUCUGGAUAUAGCGGCCACGUACCUCACUCACCAGAGUGAGGAUUGUCUCUACCUCAAUAUUUACGUGCCCACUGAAGAAGACAUCCACGAGGAGGGGGGCCAGCGGCCGGUGAUGGUCUACGUCCACGGGGGCUCGUACACAGAAGGCACUGGAAACAUGAUGGAUGGCAGCGUGCUGGCAAGCUACGGCAACGUCAUUGUCAUAACCCUCAACUAUCGCCUUGGAGUGCUGGGAUUUCUAAGUACAGGCGACCAGGCUGCAAAAGGGAACUACGGCUUGCUGGAUCAGAUUCAGGCCCUGCGCUGGGUGAAGGAGAACAUUGCAGCCUUCGGCGGAGACCCAAACAGGGUGACGGUGUUUGGAUCAGGGGCCGGAGCGUCCUGUGUGAGCCUGCUCACUUUAUCACACUACUCUGAGGACCUGUUCCACAGAGCCAUCAUUCAGAGCGGCAGCGCUUUAGCCAGUUGGGCCGUCAACUACCAGCCAAGCAAGUACGCCCGGCAGCUCGGCGAGAGGGUGGGCUGCGGCAUUGACGACAGCACCCAACUGGUCGCCUGCCUCCAGGGGCGAAGUUACCGGGAACUUGUGGAGCAGAACGUGACGCCGGCCAAGUAUCACACGGCUUUUGCCCCGGUGAUUGAUGGCGAUGUCAUACCGGAUGACCCCCAGAUUCUGAUGGAGCAGGGAGAGUUUCUGAACUACGACGUGAUGCUGGGGGUUAAUCAGGGCGAGGGCGUGAAGUUUGUGGAGGGCAUCGUGGACUCGGAGGACGGUGUCACGGCUGAGGACUUUGACUUUGCUGUGUCAGACUUUGUGGAUAGCUUAUACGGAUACCCAGAGGGCCGAGACACGCUGAGAGAGAGCAUAAGGUUUAUGUACACGGACUGGGCGGACCGCGACAAUGCAGAAACACGCCGGAAGACCCUGGUGGCAUUAUUCACAGACCACCAAUGGGUUGCUCCAGCCAUCGCCACUGCUGACCUGCACGCUCAGUAUGGAUCCCCCACCUACUUCUACUCCUUUUACCACCACUGCCAGAGUGACGCCACGCCGCCGUGGGCUGACUCCGCCCAUGGUGACGAGGUGCCCUAUGUCUUUGGUGUGCCCAUGGUGGGACCCACUGAUCUGUUCAACUGUAACUUCUCCAAGAACGACGUGAUGCUGAGCGCUGUAGUCAUGACUUACUGGACCAACUUUGCCAAGACUGGAGACCCAAACCAGCCAGUUCCUCAAGAUACCAAGUUCAUCCACACAAAGCCCAACCGUUUUGAAGAAGUGGCCUGGUCUAAGUACACCCCCAAAGAGCAGCUGUACCUCCACAUCGGCCUAAAACCCCGAGUCAGAGACCACUACCGCGCCACCAAGAUCUCUUUCUGGCUGCAGCUGGUCCCUCACUUGCAUCACGUCAACGAGCUCCUCCAAUCAGUGUCCUCCUUCACGCAUAGUCCCUCCCCACAGGAUGACACUCCUUACUCUUACACCAAGCGUCUAUCCAAAGGUUGGCCUCCCAGCAGCACUCGCCAUCCAGGCUCACAAGGAGGUACUCCGCAGCCGCCAGAGUCCGCUUUAGGCCAAGGUGGAGGGGAAGAGGGGGUUCGUGUCCCGAAUGAGGACUACUCAACCGAGCUCUCAGUGACGAUUGCAGUGGGAGCUUCGCUGUUGUUUCUGAACAUCCUCGCCUUCGCUGCUCUGCUGUACAAAAAAGACAAGAGGCGUCUGGAGCACCGUCGGCCUCGCCCACUUCCUCCCCCGAGACGAGACAUUACAGCCGCUGAUGUCGCUGCACACCUGCAGGGGGAGGGUCUGAUGUCGUUACAGGUGAAGCAGCUGGAGUGCGAUGCUGCGUCAGCCGAUGAGCGGAACAACGCUCACCACCAUCACACUCUGGACACGCUGGACGCUCUGGACGGUUUGGACACGCAGGACAUCUACAGCACACUGGACACCGUGCGCCUCACCUGCCCGCCUGAUUACACUCUCACCUUGCGCCGCUCACCCGACGACGUCCCCCUCAUGACCUCUCUGACCCCGGGAUCGCUCCCUGUGACCCCUGGGUCGCAUCCUGUUACCCCGGCAACGCCAAUGACCCCCAUGACCCCUGGAUCUGUAGUGGGUAUGAGGAUGGGUCAUCCGCACCAGGGAUACACACACCAUAGCCCGUAUAGUAAUACACACUUGCCACACACACACAUCUCCACGCACACACACUCCACCACACGUGUAUAACCGCAACAAGAUACAGAGACUUAAUUACAACACAAACACACACACAUAAAAAA